AUGCAAUCCACUAUUUACUGCAAACCUUCAACUGCUCAUAAUUUCCGAUUCCCAUGGAAAUCCUCAAAAAACCCUGCUUGCCAAACCUGCAAAGUAUCCUCAAAAUCCCCGAGUUUGGCCAGUUCACUCAGAUCCAAAAUUACCUACGAGCUUGAAGGAGGUCUAAACAACGAUGGGAUUGAGUCAUCAAAUCCGACUAAGCUUCCGGUGGUGAUACGGAGGUACGGAAAAGUUUCAAGGUACUUUUGGGAUGGGAAUCGUGUUUUGUUGCUUAGUGUUGACGGUGGCGGCAGCUCUGGGGGUUCAUUUUGUUUCAAUUUGGAUAAGUUGGUCGAAGCUUCCAGCUUGGCUGUUAGGAACUUUUUUAUUCCUAAGCAAGUUAGUGAAAAUUAUAUCGGCUACGUAAAGUGGAAGUUUUUUCACAGGGUUUUUAGCUCUGCUCUUCAAGUUCUUGCUACUCAGGCAAUGUUUCGGGCUAUAGGAAUUGGGUAUUCUCGCUCACUUACAUCAGCUGCUGCACUUAACUGGGUAUUGAAGGAUGGACUUGGACGACUAAGCAGGUGUAUUUAUACCGCUAGUUUGGCAUCUGCUUUCGAUACCAAUUUGAAGAGAGUUAGGUUUUCAACCUCCCUGCUUUUCACUUUGAGCAUUGGAGUUGAACUGCUCACUCCUAUAUUUCCUCAGUACUUCUUGCUUCUUGCAUCGUUGGCCAACAUUGCAAAACAAAUGAGUUUGGCGUGCUAUAUGGCAACCAGUCCUCCCAUUCAUCGAAGCUUUGCAAUAGCUGAUAACCUUGCUGAAGUUUCUGCGAAGUCACAGAUUCAAUCAGUAUGCUUUGAUAACUUUGGUCUCAUGCUUGCUGCUGUUCUGAAUUUGUCUCUCAAGAACAAUCAAAGGCUACAAGCUGGACUACCUUUCAUUAUAUACCCUAUUUUCUCGGCAGUUGACCUCUUCGGAAUAUAUCAGGGGCUCAAGUAUGUCCAUCUGCAAACCUUAACUAAGGAUAGAAUAGAAAUUAUAAUUGAUACAUGGAUUUCAUUUGGAUAUGUACCUUCACCUGAAGAAGUGAGUAAAGAUGAAGAAAUCAAUUUUAUGUGGACCAAAGGCAAGGAGCCAUGGCGCAUCAGAAUAGGGUGUUUGAAUCCCAAGGGUCAAUUACCCAAAUUAUCGGUGAUGGCAAUGCAGUCUGUAGGUAAAGAGGAUUAUUAUUUCAUAUGCACGGAAAUUUUCGACCAAGGAUUAACAAGAGUUAGAGAGCAAGGUAUCCUUCUUUGUGUACGUGAAGGGGCUCGCACAGUUGAUUUUAUAAUGGGAUUGUUGCAGGCCUGCUAUGUUCGGAAGGCCCUCCGUUCAAGUACGUGCAAAAGCAUGAUGAAGGCUAACGAUCCCUCAGACUUGGUUAUCAAAGAGUGGUUUAAACUGAUCGACCAUAGCAGGCAAUAUGUACAGCAAGAUUUUGGUCCGAUGAAUGAACAAAUGGUGGCUCAAGGUUGGGUAAUAAAAAACAUUUUAUUGAACACAGAGGAGCAGACUCGAUAUAGUUACAUGGAUGACUGAAAAUACAUAUUCUCCUCAGGUUGCUCUUCUCUAACCAUUGAAGAGUUUUGGGGUUUGAUUAGUUAGAUUCUUUUUUCAUUUAAGAAAAGCGAACGGCACAACCAUUUUACAUAAUCCCAUGUUUUGUUGUAAUAUUGAACAAUUAUCCUACUUUAAUGUAAAUGUAAAUAGAAAGAUGGACAUUGUUGGC